GCUCGGCAUCCAGCGGCAAACGAGCGCUCCGGAGCCGCGGCUUCCUGGAAGCGGAGCCCGGCUGGGCGGCGAUAAGCGGCGAUAAGCGGCGGCUGUCCGGGCCCUCCGCACCCGCCGCGACAGCCGCGACAGCCGCCACGGCAGCGGAGCCGAGCCGCGCUGCGCGCCCGCCCGCCCCAGCGCAGGUGGGACACAGGAGGCAGCAGGCUCGCUGAGCGGGAGCCAUGUCAGUGAAACUCACCUUCGUGUCCCCUGGGGACGGGGGUGGCAUCAGCAGGAGCUGCUCCUUCACCGGCUUCAGCACCGUGCAGAGCAGGAAAGUGGGCAAGUCCCUCAGCAGGAGCUCCGUGAGAUCCAGGAUGUCCCUGAAGCCCCCCAAGGCCUACAACUCCCUGCAGAAGGGGGCACUCGUCUGGGAUCCAAAGCCACUGCAGGUGAAGAAAAUUUUUGAAGCUUUGAAGAAAGGACUUAAUGAAUACCUGGAAGCACACCAGGCUGAGCUGGAUUAUCUCUCUGGGCGGCACAAAGACACAAAAAGGAACUCUCGACUGGCCUUCUACUACGACCUGGACAAGCAAAUCCGCUCUGUGGAGAGAUACAUCAGGAAGUUGGAGUUUCACAUCAGCAAGGUGGAGGAGCUCUAUGAAGCCUACUGCAUCCAGUGCAGGCUGCGGGACGGGGCCACCAACAUGAAACAAGCCUUCUCCCUGUCCCCUGCCACCAAAGCCUCCAGGGAGAGCCUGGUGGAGCUCUACAGGAACGUGCAGGAGUGCACAGAGGACAUGUGCUUCAUCGAGGGGGCUCUGGAGGUGCACCUGGGCGAGUUCCAUGUGAAGAUGAAAGGGCUGGUGGGCUUUGCUCGUCUGUGCCCAGGAGACCAGUAUGAGGUGUUUGUGCGGCUGGGGCGCCAGAAAUGGAGGCUGAGAGGCAAAAUUGAGACUGAUGACAGCCAAACAUGGGAUGAGGAAGAGAAGAUUUUUAUCCCCAACCUGCAUGAGAAGUUUGAAAUCAAGGUGACAGAGCUGCGAGGCCUGGCCACCAUCCUGGUGGGGGUGGUGACGUGUGACAGCAGCAGCUUCUUCAGCCCCAAGCCCCAGGCCAUCGUGGUGGACAUCACCGAGCUGGGCACCAUCAAGCUGCGCCUGGAGGUGCUCUGGAACCCCUUUGACACAGAGAACCUGUUUCUGUCCCCUGGAAGCACUGCCAAGUUUUCUGUGGGCAGCAGGAAGAGCUCCUUGUACAACUGGACCCCCCCAAACACCCCCAGCUUCAGAGAGAGGUAUUACCUGUCUCUUCUGCAGCAGAGGCAGAGCCCAGGGGAUGGAGGGGAGGAAGCCCAGCCUCCCAGCAUCCUGAGCUACUUGGCUGCCUGUGAUUUCGAUGUCCCUGGGAGGAACAAGCCCCACAACCCUGCAGAGACUAGCGAGGGGGACUCGUUCAGCUCUGAGGAUCAGAAGGGGGCAGAAUCCAGAAGCACAACCCCAGCCCUGGACCACAGGAUGUUGCCGCUGGUGAUUAUUCAAGAGACCGGAGCAGAAGAGCUGCAGCAUCCCCUCCCAGACCACAGCACUCUGGACAUCCUGAAGAAGACCCCGUGCGGGGAUGGAUUCCCGAGGAGCCCCUCCAGUUUUCCCCCCCGUCACAAGGGCAGGGGAGAUUCCUUCGGGCCGGCCCGGGGCCGCCUGGCGGAGCAGGAAAACCUCAGCCAGAAAAGCUGGAACGCUGCGAGCGACCUCCGAGCGGAGGGGCGUGCGAGGGGCAUCGACAGGAGCCUGCAGGAGCUGCUGGCCCUGCUCAGGUGGCGAGAGGAGGGCCGAGCGCAGCUGGAGAGGCUGCAGGGCCAGCUGUCGGCCCUGCGGGACCGCCUGAAGCUGAAGACACUUCACAAACAUUCCUCUAUGGAGAGUCUGAUGGUGGAGACCGUGCUGGAGAGUUUUGAUUUCCUGAACAAUGACUGCAGUGCUGACGAGCUCUCCUUGUUUGGGAGUGUGAGGACAGGCAGUGUCAGCACAUACAAUGACAACGUGCUGCAGUCCCUGAGCUGUGACACGAGAGCAGAAGCCCAGGAUGUAACCACUGGGGAUGAGAACCUGGAUGUGCUGCUGGUAACACACCUGAGGCUGUGCAAAGGUCUCCUGCAGAAACUGAGGACCCCAAACGUAGCCCAGGUGCUCCAGGAGAGCAUUUUGGAGGAAGUGUCAGAGCAGACACGGGUCCUGGGGGAUGUCCUGGAUCUGUCUGCAGAGAAAAUUAUCCAGAAGGCUAAAAAGAAGAAGCAAUAUCUGAAAAUCUGGAGCGAUCUUGCAGAGCCCGGCAGCAGCAUCUUGGUGACCUCAGCAGAGAGGUUCCGUCAUGCUUUGAAAUACACAAUGAUGCUCAAAGUGAAGGAGAAGUACCCCAGCCACCUGGAGACAGUGCUGCAGAGGCUGCUGGAGCAGAUCCUCACCUGCGAUGGGCUGCUGCCCUCCUCGCAUUUCCAAACGGAGCCGGUCACUCUGUUCCAGUUCUAUCGGUACCUGGAGAGGCACCGCGUUGGCAGCCUGGAGAAGCACCUGGCAAAGCUCGCCAAGGAAGUGAUGCUGAUCGAGGAGCUGCAGUGCCCCGGCCGGCUGAAGACGCUGAAGAGGCUGAAGGGGAAGAGGCUGAGCCGGCUGCAGCCGCUGCCGCGGACGCUGUGGCUGCUCGGGCUGCUGCAGCUGGACGAGAACCACCGCGUGGGCAAAGCGGCCACGGCCUGCCUGGCCCGGGCCGGCGGCAGCGGCAGCCUCCGGGCCCGGGCUGUGCUGUUUUACACGGACGCUCUAUCCGGCUGUGACACGAGGCUGCAGCAGGCUGCGUGUCUGGCUCUGAAGAACCUCAGGGCUGUGGAGAGCAUUGAGCAGGUUGCCCACCUGUGCCAGUCUGAAACAGAGGAAGUCAGGAAUGCAGCCAGGGAAACCACACUGUCCUUUGGGGAACGGGGCCGACAAGCCUUUGAGAAGAUGGACAGGAUCUGCUGUGAGCUGAGAGAAACUGCUCAGGAGGCUGAGAUUGAAAUCACAGUGUUUUAGUGGUGGAAUGGGAGAGCUGGAUCCUGCUGUCCUCACAGCCCCAUGAGUACCUGAGGGUUUGGUUUUGUCUGGUUUCCUUCUGUUCUGUCUUGUCCCUGCCAUCUCCUAUUUCUAAAGGGGACAGUUUGUCAUCUCCAUGAUGCAGCCUGCAAUGUCUUUUCUCUGUCUCUCAGCGCAUGAUGAAAUGCCGAGUGCUGGACAGUUGAAAACUGGGAUCUCUCAGAAUGUGGAUCCAGGUCUUAACUGGAGUUCAAAUCUCCAUCUUGCAGGAAUUAGCUGCCCCUGCUCCAACUCUGUCCAAUAGGAUCUGUUUUCCCAGGAAGUGAUUUAUUGAUUUGGCAUUCUCCAAGGAGAGAAAUGCUCACUGUCCCAGACCAGCUGCCCUGUCAGUAGCACAAAUCCAGCACCACUGCUUGCUGGUUUCCUUUGCUGGGGCCAUUUAGCUGCAGAAGGAGAAGCUGGCACUCCUGAGUCCCUGUGCACUUGCUGCAGCUCAGGCCAGGGCCAGCAGGGCCAGGCAGGCUCUGGAAGAGCUGUGUGUGCUCACUGCAGGGCACCUGCCAUGUGCAGCUCUGACUGAGGGAGGGACAGGUUUGUUCCUUUAAAACUCUGCAUUCAGUCACAGACCAAGACUUCUCCUCCUCAUCCCCCGGCCCUGGCUGGCAGGGUGCCCAUGGGGAGCAGCCUGGCUUCAGGUGCAAUACUUGAAAGGGGGUUGGGAUUGUGUGUACAUAUUUAUAUAUAUAUAUAUACACAUAAAACUUUUCUAUUUGGUAUUUAUUUGUUGGAUUUCAUACUGUUUUCUAAAGUU